CCUUCUUGGCAGAGAAUUCUCGCUCACACAUAAAGAAAGAAAACAUAACUUUUCUUGCCUACGGCGAUCUCGGAGAUGUCAUUCUAGGAGUGCUGCGAGAUGUCUUCCAAAUCAUUGACGGAGACAAUCCGGUGUCAGCAACAAGGAGGAAGAAUGUGAUGCAAAACCUGGCCAACUACUCAUCAGUGUAUUGGGGUUUGGAGUUUGGACGUGAACAUGACAGCAACGAAUUUGCGAUGAGUAUCUGCACAAAAAUUGCAUCAAUUAUCGAGGAAGCAAAACGUCUCAACAUGAAAAUUGUUGUCAACUGCUCCAGCUGCUCGGAGCCCAGCACGAUUAUCAUUGAUAGUCCAACGAUGCAAGUCCACCCUCAUUGCGACACAAGCCUCCAAACCCUAAUUACAGACUUUCUGUAUUCGGAGAUGAUGGAAAAACAGUGCAAAAACAGCCAGUGCAACCAGAAGACCAUGGAGUGCUUGAAAAUGCCUCAGUUCAUUAUAAUAGAGAUUGGAAGGGCGGUCGAAGGAGCUGUCAAAAACAACUUCUACAUCAGAAUCCAACCUUCUUUCAAGGUCCCACAGCUCAUGAGAAAGAACUACAGAAGCACAGACUUUGUCGAGUACUCUGUGCAGGGUCUCAUCAUCCAGAAGGGCUACAAAAUCACUCUUGAGAACAGCAAAACUAGUGGCAAGGACAAGGACCCUAUAGAAUCCGGAUGUCAAUCUCCCAAAACAAAGGUUGCGAAAUCUACGAAAGGGGGCCACUUCUAUUCGAUCGUGAAGGAAGAGGGUGACUGGUUCAAGCUCAACGAUGACAGAGUUCGGAAAGUGAUGCAACAUGCAAUUGAGAAUAGGAAGACUGGAAAAGGUGUGUGUUUGGUGCUGGCAAAAAGGAUCACAGAGGCUUCAAUCCCUGAGUAGGAAGCGCAGUUCCUGCUUUAUUCGCAACCACCUACAAAGACAGUAUUAUUAUCAUCUCUCCCACAAAACAAAUAAGGGCUGCCAUUUAAAGAAAAUUGCAAAAAUUUAAUAUAGCCAUGCAGUUUUUUUGUGAUUGAAAGUGAUUCAAUAUGAUGUCAUUAUAUGUUCAAAUAAAAUACGUUAGAUUUGUUACUAAUAUUAAGGUUCUGACGUGAAAAAUAUAAAUUGUUAUAUAUGUGAAACUCCAGUCUUGAUUUAA